CUUCAGUCUCCCACUAAAACAGAAACACAAUGAGAUUUUCCAACGUUCUGCUCCUCGGAGGAGCCUCUUUGAUUGUUGCUGCCCCUGCCGGUGUUAUGAACGAAGAGAAACGCGAAGCCAGUAUUUCUUUCCUCGAGUCUACGCAUUACAAGAAAUCCGCCAACGCUGCUGCAGAGCCGGCUCCUGCUAUUGAGUUCCUUGACUCUGUUCACUAUAAGAGAACCCCCGAAGCCGAAGCUGCGGCCGAACCUGCAAUCAAACCUUUGGAGUCUGUUCACUACAAGCGCUCUCCCAAGGCAGACGCCAAGCCAUCCAUUUCAUUCCUCGAAUCAGUCCAUUACAAGAAGGAGGCAGAACCUGUAGCUGAGCCUGCGAUCGAGUUUUUGGAAUCUGUCCAUUAUUAAGUAACAAGGGACGUACAGCAUACCCAAGCCUGUUCGCUAUGGGUCGUGAAGUACCCCUCGGGCUCUCAAAGUAAAAGUAUUUUCUGGAAGGAUUGUCAAACGACUUUUGUCGACAUUUUCUCCAGUCUAUUUGUCCGCCUAGUAAACGUUAAAUGAGAUGC